AUUAGCAGACGUACAUAGGGAUUUCGUCAUUUGGACCAAAAAUUUGGGGUCACGAAACGGAAAGUUACUUGUAAUGCAUUUAUUCGUGAAAUCCAUAAGGUGGUUCUGGUUGAACGUCAAUUGUUAAUUGAAUACAAAUCAGAAAUGCGUCCUGCCAAUAGUGUUGAUACUGCCAGUGAAGUCGUCCCACAUUACUCAUACGAGCUGCCAAUUGAAGAGGAAGAGAGAUUUGAGAAACUGUUUCGCCAGCUCGAUGUUAAUGGUGAUGGAAGGAUCGACAUUCUUGAACUUUCACAAUCUCUCCACAAGCAUGGGGUGCCUGACAACUUGAAAGAGAGCUAUGCAACGAAAUUUAUUCAACAAUCUGACCUUAACCAAAGCGGGGAUGUGAGCCUGGCAGAGUUCAUCUACUACGUUAGAGAGCAUGAGAAGAAACUGCAAUUGCUCUUCACUAAUCUGGACACAGACAAGGACGGCAGAAUCAAAGUCAAUGAACUUAUUGCAGCCUUUAGGGACCUGGGCGUCGCGAUUUCGCGUCAAGAAGCUGCUCAGCUGCUAAAAAGGAUAGACAAAGAUGGAUCUCUAGACAUUGGUUUCAACGAAUGGCGAGACUUCCUGCUUUUCCACCCAACCGCCGACCUGAGUGAGAUCAUCAAUUACUGGCGACAUUCUACGUACUUGGAUGUUGGCGAAUGCGUGGCUGUUCCAGAUGAUUUUACCAUACAAGAAAUGCUAUCCGGUAUGUGGUGGAGACAUCUUAUGGCUGGAGGAAUGGCUGGAGCCGUUUCUCGAACAGCAACCGCUCCUCUGGAUCGUCUUAAAGUUUUUCUACAGGUUCAUGGUUUGAACAAGUUCGGCUCUUUAGUGGCCUGUGCGCGCCACAUGCUUCACGAGGGAGGCGUAAGGAGCUUGUGGCGAGGCAACGGUAUCAACGUCAUGAAGAUCGCACCCGAGUCAGCUAUCAAAUUCAUGGCGUACGAAAAAUUGAAGCAAUAUAUCAAAUCGGGGUCGCCCACGAGAGAUUUAGGCAUGUACGAACGCUUCGUCGCUGGCUCUAUCGCUGGAUGCAUCUCUCAAACCACCAUCUAUCCUCUCGAGGUAUUGAAAACAAGGUUGUCGUUGAGGACAACCGGACAAUAUCGAGGCAUAGUGGACGCUGCCAAAAAGAUUUACAGCCGAGAAGGAGCAUCUGUUUUUUUCCGUGGAUACAUACCCAAUUUAUUAGGCAUUAUCCCAUAUGCUGGCAUUGACUUAGCUGUCUAUGAGACGCUAAAAAAACGUUGGCUACGAAAUCAUACCGACACGGAAAAACCAAGCGUGUUAAUCCUAUUGGGUUGCGGAACUAUUUCAUCUACUUGUGGUCAGAUCGCCUCCUAUCCAAUGGCACUCGUAAGGACUCGACUACAGGCAGCUGUGGCACUUCAAACAGUGGGAGGUGGGCCAACGGCGCAGCUAACAAUGACGGGAGUCUUUCGAACCAUUUUGGCGACUGAGGGCCCUGCCGGACUCUACCGUGGCAUUACCCCGAAUUUCCUAAAAGUUGCCCCUGCAGUUAGCAUCAGUUAUGUUGUUUACGAGCACUGUAGACAGGCAAUGGCUGAGGCACUCCAAAAGAAAAUGCAGCAAGAAGUUGAAAAAUUCAAGGGUAUUCAGAAAGAAUACCAAACUGUCAUCAGCUCCCGGCAACAGCUAGAUAGUCAAUUGACGGAAAACAAUGGUGUUAAAGAGGAACUAAGUUUGUUAGAAUCUGAUGCUAAUGUGUUCAAACUCAUUGGCCCUGUGUUGGUAAAGCAAGAUUUGGAGGAAGCCCGCCAGAAUGUUAACAAAAGAAUUGAUUAUAUCACAGCAGAAACGAAAAGGCUAGAAAAAACUAUUGAAGACCUUGACAAGAAGCAAGAUACUCAAAGAGAAGCACUGGGAAAACUUCAGCAGCAGCUUCAACAAGCACAAGUCAAAGCUGCAAUGAAAGCAUGAGUAAAAAAUCAUUUCAGAUUCUAUCUGGCAUGUAUUAUCUCUUUUUCAAUUCAAUACAUCAUGGCCAUUUCAUGGAAACAUCAGAAA